GAUGUGGUCACUGCCGUUCACAAUGGGAUCAGCCCAAAUAUAUUCCCGGCAGCCCCCUGGUCCUCGCUGUCGCCUCUCCCUCUGCUGCUGAUAAAUGAAGGCCGCUGAUGCUCGAGUAGCCUGCUUACACAGAAGGAACACAGAAUGUGGAUUUCUGAUUUUAUUCUCAGAGUUGCUUCAUCUUCCCAAUUUACGUGUCAACUUCUGAUCAUUGUGAGCUGCUUGUUGAAGACUUUCUGAGACCUGUGGAGUCACUGCUGUUGCACAAGCUGGCUUCGGGAACGGUAUGUGCUAUGGUAGGCUGUGUGUACGUGCGGUGAAGUAAGUGCGCUGUGGAGCGCACAUGUACACGCCGAACUCGUACUGGGCGGGUCAGUAACCUAGUGAGAGGGGAGGCGACAUCUGGAGACGUCUCUUCCACGCAUGUACCCCUCACGGAGUCAGCCUGCAAGUAGACCUUCCUGAACAACAAGGUGAAUCUGCUUUGCUAAAUAAAACUCUGAAGGUUGGGACAUCAACAUUUUCAGCAUGGCUGAGGAUGAUUUGAUUUUUGACAUAGAAGGAGUUGGCAAUGGAAAUAGAGACUCAAGAGAGGAUAGUGAUGACGAUGAUGAACAGUACCUUAUUUGCUCCAUUACGGAUUAUGAUGACCUUAAUAAAUCGAGUAAGAUCUGCAAUCGUAAUUUCAUGAAGAAUAAAUUUUGUGAAACUCCCAGCUCCCCUGGAAAGUCAGCUUUCAAUGUUAAGAAUCACCAGACCCCUCCUAAGUUUGGCUCAUUAACUGACCGAGGUCGGGCUGCCUGGAAACAUGCAUUUGAAAAAGCCAAACACAUACCUGAUCCUUGGGCAGAAUUCCAUCUGGAAGAAAUUGAGACCGAAUCAGCAACUCGUUACAGGUACAAUGCUAUUUCAGGAAAAUGGGUUGAAGAUAAAGUAUUCAUGAAAAUGGCAAAACAGCCCUUUGGCCGUGGUGCAAUGCGGGAAUGUUACAGAACGAAGAAGCUCUCAAAUUUCACACGUCAUCAACAAUGGAAAUCUGCCUCUAAUUAUGUAGCAAAGCGCUACUUAGAUUCUGUGGACCGGGAAGUGUAUUUCGAGGAUGUCCGACUUCAAAUGGAGGCAAAACUCUGGGGAGAAGAGUACAGCAGGCACAAACCUCCAAAACAGGUUGACAUUAUGCAGAUGUGUAUUUUGGAGAUGAAGGACAGGCCUGGAAAGCCUCUGUACCACUUGGAGCACUAUAUAGAGGGUAAAUACAUCAAAUACAACUCCAAUUCUGGCUUUGUAAGGGAUGAAAAUUUUCGCCUUACUCCACAGGCAUUUAGCCAUUUCACCUUUGAACGCUCUGCACACCAGCUGAUUGUUGUUGACAUCCAGGGAGUGGGAGACUUGUACACAGAUCCUCAGAUUCAUACAUUUGGUGGUACAGACUUUGGAGAUGGCAAUUUGGGUGUGCGAGGGAUGGCCUUGUUUUUUCACUCUCAUGCAUGCAAUAGUAUUUGUAAGAAAAUGGGACUCACGCCAUUUGAUCUAUCUCUUAAAGAAAAGGAAGCGUUGGAACAUGCACAGAAUCUACUGAAAACAGCCAAAACUGUCCUUCGAGGCACAGAGGAAGUCUGUGGAAGCACUCGGGUGAGAACCAUCUCUGGCUCCAGGCCUCCAAUUCUAACACGCCUCUCUGAGAACUCUGCAGAUGAAAAUAUGAGUGACAGCACAUUUGACUCUCUUCCCUCCUCCCCAUCAUCUUGGUGGAGUCCUAAGGAAGAUUUGCUGGGGAAAUCUCCAAUGGGUUGGACAAUUUUGAAUCAAGGUGAUAAUCUGGGUGAUGACCACAGUGAUUCAUUGCCUGAGAGAAGGAUGUCUGAAAAUGGUGGCGACAGUGGCUGUUCCAGUGAGCGACGAAGUGAAUUGGAAGGGGAGUUUGCAGAUCGGGUGAAUGCAAAUAUGCGAAGAUAUUGUGAAUCAGAUGAAGACAGCAUUCGAAGGGAUCACCACAGUGAAGAUAAAUGGAACCUUUACCAUAUGUCCAGGGCUCACACACAUCGGCCUUCAUGUGUGGCUGUAGAGGUGGAGCGAUUAAAUGCUAUCAAGCAGGAAAAGAAAAUUGGGAAGUCUAUUUUGGGCAAGGUGCACUUGGCUAUGGUACGUUAUCAUGAGGCUGGCCGAUUCUGUGAUAAACUGGAAGAGUGGGAUCGCGAGUCUGCAAUCUUCCAUCUUGAACAUGCUGCUCUUUGUGGAGAACUGGAAGCAAUUGUUGCCCUUGGUCUAAUCUACUUGCAGCUGCCUCAUCAUAUCUUGACAGACGUCACUGUGGAGGAUACUGAACAGAACCGGCAGAGAGGCUUUGACUACUUGCUGAUGGGUGCAGAAGCAGGGGAUCGUCCAUCCAUGAUUCUUGCAGCUCGAGCUUUUGAUACUGGCAUCAAUCUGAGUCCCAAAAGGACUCAAGACUGGAAGGAAGCUUUGUAUUGGUACAGUGCUGCUCUGAACAUGACUGAUUAUGAUGAAGGUGGAGAGUACGAUGGCACAGGAGAUGAACCUAAGUAUUGUCUUCUAGCUCGAAAGGCAGAGAUCCACAUGACAGGAGGGUUUGGUGUGGAGCCAGAUCCACAGAAAGCAGGAGACCUCUUCACAGAAGCAGCAGAUGCAGCAAUGGCAGACAUGAAGGGCAGACUUGCUAACCAGUACUACGAGCGGGCAGAGGAAGCUUGGUCCAUGAUGGAGGAAUAAACCUUUGACCUAUGCACAGUUGAUUGUCAAAGUUAUUUUAAAAAAAAUGGUUAUUGUUUACUAAAUGUCAGAUGUCUUCCUUUUGUCUGCACAGAAUGUUUGGAAUUUCUUCUGUAUUUUUACCAUUGCAUUGAAUGAUCUUUUUGAAUGAUCAGAAUCAUUGCAAAUUCAGUGGGCUGCGUGCUGUCCUUCUGUUCUGCACUAUUCUGAUUCUCGUCAUGUUUUGGGUCUGUGUUAAUCUGCAUUAGCUGCUUAUGGUAUUAUUAUUGCAAGUAUCUGGCUGAAUUUAACAGCACUUUUUAUAAUUUUUGAUAAUGCCAGGGAUAUUUGCAGAGCAAGUGGGAUUUUAUGAUUGUUGAUCUGACCCUUUUUAUGAUUAACAGUUUAAGAAAAGCACCUUCAUGUUGUUCCCCUUCAUCAUCCUUCAUGAAGAGGAGGCAACACUCCAGCAGAUUCAAAUACUACAGUUAUGUUUACAAAAGUGUGAUGAUGGGGGUGAACGUGUGCAGGACAGUUGUACAUUAAAGAGCACUCAUUACAAAAUCAUGUUUGUCUAAUCUGGAUUUGCUGACAAACGCACAACAAAGUGACACAUCCAGCUGAAUUACAGCAUUGUGUCUAUCACUAGUUUACAGGUGCCUUUACUGCCUCCGGCUGCGGAUAAAGAGGGUAAAAGCUCCAUAAUAGACUUUACUGUGCCCUCUGACCCCAUCCAUCUCUGCUUAAUACUUAUAUUGUACCUUAAUGCAAUCACGCACCUCAGUGCACUCUAGAUAAUUAAUGACCUUAAGGUGCAAUGGCUAUAAUGUAUUCAGCCUUUUUGUGCCAUCAAUGUGUCUGGUCCAAUUGGUUAAGGGAGAAAUGUUGGUCAAAACAUUGUAAGAAGUUUUUAUAACGAUGCCAGAGAAUCACCAAUGACACCAGACUGCCAAAGACCUCAGUCUAACAACUCACCUGAUGAUGUUCACCAAGCAGCAGAAACGUCCCCUCGUAGAACAUAAAAUUACCCCAUUAGUUAUCCCAUCAGGCCCAAUGCUGUGUACUGAUUGAGCCCUGCAAUGCUCUCAGCCAGUUCAUCCUAAAUCAUCAUUGAAUGACCCAACAACUAUUGUACCUAGUGUGAAAAUAAUGUAUUUAUCUCUAUGUGAUCCUUUACCUAUGUAAUUGCAAAUGCUUUCAUCUAGGAAGUACCAUAUUCAAGAAAGCAUGAAGAUUUUAUUGAACCAUUGAGAAAUAUGUUUCCUAUUUUUAAAAAAAGGGGCAAUGGUUAAUUACUUGCUUUACUACUAACAACUGAUUGCCACUAGAUGAUGAUGAUGACAUAAGGCUCUCCCCUUCUGGAGUCAAAAAAAAUAGUCUAUCAUUUUCCAUGAAGUAUGUUGCCUCUUUUAUGUAAAACAUCACCAUAUUCUUAGCUUGGCACCAUGGAUUGUACAAUGACUGCUGUGCAUUCUUAUAAAUCAGCAGGCACUUUAUGGUUUACACAGUUUUUAAUGUGUAAUGUGAAUGCGCUUUGCAAGAAUAAAUUCUUUUUUUAUUGUUUUAAA